CAUCCUUUCUCUCCUUCCGCUUUCCAUUUUCCCCCAAGAAGAAUUUGUAAUCGUACCAUGUGAUUUAUGUUUCUAGUGCUCUAUAAUGAUGAGCUCUUUUGUUAGUCAGAAUUAUGAUGCAGAAUCAGGUAGCCAUUAUGCUGCCUCCAGCACUAGUUAUCCUGUGUCAACUCUGUCUACUUCGGCACCGCAUCGCAGAUUUUCCCCAGCUCGUCGGCUUUUCUGUCUUCUCGCUCUCUUCGAUUUCUUAACCACUUUGUUUAUUUGGAUUUUGUAUGCGCAUGGUUUUAGUGAUAAUUUUAAGGAAGUCAUCAAAACUGAUGUUAAGGAGUACAAAUUUAAAAAAUCUGUGUUUGAUGUAGUGCUGUUGGCAUUAUGGCGGAUGAUAGUUCUUCUUCUUGUUUAUGCUCUUUAUGUGAGCCGAAAAUGGUAUGCAGUAGGGCUGACAACUGGUGGCUCAACUGUGUUCCUUCUAGUCAAAGCCAUACUCAUGGAAUUCCAGCCUCCAAAAUCGAAGGACAGAGGGAGCGAAUAUUUGUACUAUGUCCUAGUUUUAUCGUCACUUAUUUUAUCGUGGGUGGAAGUUUGGGUUCUUGAUUCUAAGGUUAUCCCUGCUGAGACGAAAGAGGAGCAGCGUCAGUUUCAAGAAGAGAGGAGGUCAUUGUUACAUAAUGAAAACCGCAGGCAUUUAACUCCUUAUUCGACAAUUUCGGACAAUGCCUUUUAUACGCCAGAAGCCUCUGACGAGGAAAGUGAAAAUGAAAGAGAAGGAGCUGAAAAUUUAGCUUUGUCUCAAGAGGAUCAAGAAUAUAUUCAGAAAGGGAAAGAAACAAUGGAAAUAACCUGGGAAAGGAUGCGUUUUAAUGAUGGUUGGAAAACGGAAAAAGUUAAGGAUGGAGUUGUUGUAGAAAGUAAGGUGAUUCCACUACCUGCAGGUGGAAAGAAAAUCUACAGAUUAAAGGGCUCUUUAGACGCCAAAGCAGAGGAAGUUUUUAAUCUGGUUGUUAGGCAUCCUGAGGAUGCACAGAAAUGGGGAGGAAACAUAACGGAUUCCUUUGUCGUACGUCAAAUUGAUGAAAAUACAGAUAUUGUUUAUAAUUCCGUUGGUGAGGCCGGCGGUGGAGUGGUGUCUAGUCGGGAUUUUGUGAAUUUGCGUCGAUGGGAAAAACGAGGAGAUGUCUUUGUUUCAUGUAACGUUGCAGUUGAAUGCGAUGAGAUGCCACCUAAAAAGGAGCACGUAAGAGCUGCAAAUGGUCCCGGUGGCUGGGCUAUGCAGGAAGCUGACGGGAAUCCAAGUAGAACCGAGUAUGUGUGGCUGUUUGACGUGGACCUGAAGGGAUGGUUACCACAGUCAGUAAUUGACGCCGCCAUGUCCUUCAUGUUGUUCCAAACGGGACAGGGACUCAAGGCCUAUAUCCAAGAACAACUUGGCUGAUCUGAAGAGGCCAGGCGAGAAACGAACAGACACGGCGGCGUGGAAAGAGACCUGGAACUGGAGCAAACUCUCUACAAAGUGUUUCUAUAUCAGGAGUGGUACAAUUUUACAACAAAGUUUAGCUUGGAGACAUUUGAUUUGAUACUGUUGGGUGUGAAAUACUGCGUGUGGUCAUAAUGAAGCCAAGUCAUUUUCAAUAUUCAGCCGUACAUUUUUUUAUUGACGUGUUUUGCAAUCCGUAUCAAAUUUCUUUGACUUCAAUUAUCGUAGUUCUCGUUUAAAUUUGUCCUCCACUCUUAUUUUGAAUCACUUUUUAAAUUACGAGAGUCUUCCACGGGUCAAAACGGCUGCGGAACCUCCGGUAAGGAAACGUAGGGUUUUAUCAAAGUCUGAUUGGUGGAUUUGGUCUCAAAGUCUCACCCAGGGUGUUAAGGAUGAAAUACUACUAUUUUAGUUCGGUAGCUUAAAUUAUCAGAAAAGAAACAGGUUUUUUUUUCGUCCUCGCAACUGCUGUUCACCAGUUGUUUUGAAGUGAUAUGUGUUUUAUUGGUAGAUGGAAGCAAACUAUGUAAUCGUGAGUUAGGUUUGUUACUUCAGAUUUCAAGGGUUUGAAUUUUUUUAAAGCUGGUGAUUUUUAAAAAGGA